AUGAGGCAUCGAUUAUGGGAACUGAACGACAACAUCUGCUGCAUCCUGUUUCAUGAGACCGUAAGAGUUUUUAUUCCCAAUUUUUCACGGCAUAAAAUGAAUCCACGUAGCAUUUUGGCUUCUCUUCAUCUGAUUAUCACAAUUGAUUUUAUUCCAGUGUGUUUGUGUGCCCAGGGGAGAUAUGCAUACAAGCUGCUGAAUGAUUUAUUUGUGAAUUACACCAAUGCAUUGAGGCCCGUGGAGGACACGGACAACAUCAUUAAUGUCACCUUGCAGAUCACUCUCUCCCAGAUCAUUGAUAUGGAUGAAAGAAACCAGAUCCUCACAACAUACCUGUGGAUUCGUCAGGUGUGGUUUGAUGCCUACCUCACCUGGAAUAAGACAGACUACGAUGGACUUGAUACCAUCCGUAUACCUAGUAGUUAUGUAUGGAGACCUGAUAUUGUCCUAUAUAACAAUGCAGAUGAUCAGUUCUCCAGCUCCAUGGAGACCAAUGUGGUAAUCCGCAAUGAUGGCCAGAUUAUGUGGGACCAGCCAGCAAUAAGCAAGAGCUCCUGCAAGGUGGAUGUGUCCUUUUUCCCCUUUGAUGCACAGCAGUGCCGCCUCACCUUUGGUUCUUGGACCCACAACGGCAACCAGAUGGACCUUCAUAACGCUCUGGACAGUGCUGAUCUGGCCGACUUUGUGGAGAACGUAGAGUGGAAGGUUCUGGGAAUGCCAGCUAAGAAGAACAUUAUUCUCUAUGGCUGCUGCUCAGACCCCUAUCCAGAUAUCACCUACACGCUUCACCUGAAGAGAAGAGCUUCCUUUUAUAUCUUCAAUCUGCUCAUACCCUGCAUGAUGAUCUCCUUCCUGGCUCCAUUGGGCUUCUACCUGCCAGCUGACUCUGGAGAGAAAGUGUCCUUAGGGGUCACAGUGUUACUGGCCCUUACUGUCUUCCAGCUGUUGGUCGCCGAAAGCAUGCCUCCUUCAGAAAAUGUGCCACUCAUUGGGAAAUAUUACAUUGCCACAAUGACCAUGGUCACAGCCUCUACUGCCUUGACCAUCUUUAUUAUGAACAUCCACCAUUGUGGGCCAGAGGCCCAACCUGUUCCUGCCUGGGCACGGCUCUUUAUCCUGCACUACCUGGCUCGGAUUUGCUUUGUUUAUGACGUGGGACAGAGCUGCCUGUCUGCCCAUCCAGACAAACCUGCUCAGAAGGGAACCAACUGCACUGUUAAUGGCCAGGCCAGGGGAGAAGACUUUGCUCUGACGGUACAAGGUGUUUCAACCAGUGAUGUGUGUCCAUUUGAAACAAAGGACAAUUUGAAUGAAGAUGUCAGUCCAACGUUAUCUCCAGGCCCAGGAAAGGAUUGGCCCAGUGGCUGGAAAGAUGGUACUAGUGUGGGCAUUAACCAUGGAGAGAUGGCAGGAGCUACAGGAGGGUGUGGAGGGAGAUUCAGGGAGGGUGGAGAGGGUGGAAAAGAAUCAGUGAAGAAGAGAGAGAUACUUCUUGAAGGUCAGUGUAUCUGCCAUCAUCAAACACUCCUGAGGAAUGUUGAGUACAUCGCUAACUGUUACCAUGACCAGAAGGCCACACAGAGACGGAGCGGGGAGUGGCGGAAAGUUGCCAAAGUCAUGGAUCGUUUCUUUAUGUGGAUAUUCUUCAUAAUGGUCUUUCUCAUGAGUUUGCUGAUUAUAGGGAAAGCUGUCUGAAAGGUUGAAAUGAAAGGCAUCAGGGGCCUCAUGCAUAA